UACCUAUCUUGACACUACGCGUUACAGAAAAAAAUAAAGCCCCAGUCCAGUCCGUGCCCCUUCCAGUCCGUGUCACGUGUACUCGGUGCAGGCGGAACAAGAGAACGAUGAGUGCGGAUUCGGCAGUGCGGGAUGACAAUCUGCAGUGCCAAAUUGAUGAAAUUGAAGCACUUUCUUCCAUUUAUGGAGAUGAAUGGUGUGCCAUUGAUGAGGCUGCCAGAGUUUUUUGUAUUAAAGUCUCAGAUGACAUAGAUAAACCAAAAUGGACACUCUGCUUACAGGUAAUUCUUCCUCCAGAUUACCCUAGUGCAUCUCCUCCCAUCUAUCAACUGAAUGCUCCUUGGCUAAGAGGUGCUGAAUAUAUGGAACUUUCUAAUAGUUUAGAGGAAAUAUAUGCGCAGAACCUGGGGGAAAGCAUCCUUUACAUGUGGGUGGAGAGGAUCAGGGAAUUCCUUGUGGAGAAAUCUCGAAACACUGACUCAGAGAAUUUAGAACCUGACAAAAGGACAGCAGAGAUUUCUGAAGAUGCUGAAGAGGACAUUGCUGAUGGAUUUCAUCUUCUCAGACCAAUACAGACUUUAUUUUUAUCUGAUGAGUUAGAAGAUGAGGAAGAGCUACUUAUCAAACAUGGGGAACCAUUCACAGAUAGGCGAAGUACUUUCCAGGCUCACCUUGCUCCAGUGGUGACAACGAAACAGGUGAAACUUGUGCUUAAUAAACUGUAUGAGAAUAAGAAGAUUGCAAAUGCCACCCACAACAUAUAUGCUUACAGAAUAUAUUGUGAGGACAAGCAAACCUUCUUACAAGAUUGUGAAGAUGAUGGAGAAACAGCAGCUGGAGGGAGGAUGCUUCAUUUAUUACAGAUUUUGGAUGUGCGCAAUGUGAUGGUGAUUGUGUCUCGAUGGUUUGGAGGCAUUCUGCUUGGCCCGGACCGAUUUAAGCAUAUCAACAACUGUGCAAGAAAUAUUCUUAUGGAUGAAUGCUACAUUGACCCAGUGGAUGAUUCAGCCAAAUCUGCAGACAAGAAGAAGAAACAAAGAGGCAAAAGGGGAAAAUGAAUUGUUUGAUUUAUUUGAAGGUUUUCUUUCUUCUUUAUUCUAUGCAGCAAUGAUGUAUGAACUCAGUUCUCUUUCUUUGUAAAAUGCAACUGUUUACCUCGAUUGUUACUUUGCAUUGGUAGGGGCCAUAUCUGCAAAUCUAAUUAUUGAAUCGGUUUUAGUAUUUUUUAAUUGUGUUUACUGUUGACAAAAACAUGAACUCAGUCUAAUAUGAAUUGUUCAAUUUGCUUCUGACUAAUUUUUGUUAGAGGGAAUUAUCAAAUUGUACUAUGAGUUGCAUUUUAUUGAAUAAAGAGAACAUUAAAUAAUGUAACUUCUCAUUACAACUCCAGUUUUACAAAAUUAGUAUAGGCUCCCUCCAAAUUAUGCACAAUUGCUACAUACCAAUUUGGGGAUACACGGAAAGUCAUUUAAUUCCCUUUUUUGUCCUGCAAAACACAGUAAAGCUGAAUUUUUGCAGUUUACCCAGACUGUGUCUGAUGCUGAUUUUCAUGUGUGCAUUGCUAGCAGUGAUGCUCGAUUGUCUGUACAGUCAUUCCAAGUACACCUCACUGCAACUUGCGGAACGAAGCAGUGCUGGACAUUCAAGGGUCUGUUUGUCACAGUCACAAUCUGCUUGUGUGUUUUUGUGUAUUACCUUGAGCAUCAUGGCUCCAAAGCAGAAUGUGAAAGAGUUAGAAAAGCCCAAAAAAGAGUGAAAGACUAGUACUUUGAAUGUGUAACUUGAACUGAUAAAACAAAGGUAAACAGCCUUUUAAAAAAAUGUUAUUUAAUGAAAGGAUAAUAUUUUAUUGGACUUUGCUUUGAUGACUAAUUUUUGUUGUUAUACCCUUUUUUUUGGAAUGGGUCUCUUUGAAUUUUACGACAGGGUUGGGGGGGAAGUGCCUCAAACAGGUUUGGUAAGUGUUUCUCUGCUAAAGCCUCUCCCUCAACCCCUGCAGGGAACCCAGGCUGCCUAACUGCCAAGCUUUACCUUAACAUAUGGUUUGGAGGGCAGGUGUGAAGUUGUUCUAUCUCCCCAUUGGUCUGAAGUAUGGCUAUUUGGAACUGGCUUGUUUCAGAAGCCUUUAAGUACCGUGACGUCCUAUUGGCUCUUGGGGUUGGAUAGAAAACCUAUAAAUUUGCUCACUCCCUCACUUCCUCUCUCUCUUACCAAACUGAUGAAGACCAUCUCACACCAUGAACUGAAAAGGACAACACAAUGAAGAGCGCAGCUCGGCAGCCAUAUUGGGACAGGCAUGCGGCCUGUUCUGAAGAAAGCUGGCCACAAAAUGAUGCCUUAACGAGAGACAUUUUUA